AUGAACUACCAACAGCACUUGGCCACCUCGGCUGCCAUCCGCGGGGAGAUUCAGCGCUUCGAGUCGGUGCAUCCCAACAUCUACUCCAUCUACGAGUUGCUGGAGCGUGUGGAGGAGCCCGCCCUGCAGAACCAGAUCCGAGAGCAUGUCAUCGCCAUAGAAGAGGAGCAGGGAAGUCUGGCCCAUUCCUCCUGCUGCACUCGUUAUGGAGAGGUGUGGGGAACUCCAGCCCAUUCCUCCUGCUGCACUCGCUAUGGAGAGGUGUGGGGAACUCUGGCCCAUUCCUCCUGCUACACUCACUAUGGAGAGGUGUGGGGAACUCUGGCCCAUUCCUCCUGCUGCACUCGCUAUGGAGAGGUGUGGGGAACUCCAGCCCAUUCCUCCUGCUACACUCACUAUGGAGAGGUGUGGGGAACUCUGGCCCAUUCCUCCUGCUACACUCACUAUGGAGAGGUGUGGGGAACUCUGGCCCAUUCCUCCUGCUACACUCACUAUGGAGAGGUGUGGGGAACUCCAGCCCAUUCCUCCUGCUGCACUCGCUAUGGAGAGGUGUGGGGAACUCUGGCCCAUUCCUCCUGCUACACUCACUAUGGAGAGGUGUGGGGAACUCUGGCCCAUUCCUCCUGCUACACUCACUAUGGAGAGGUGUGGGGGAACUCCAGCUCAUUCCUCCUGCUGCACUCGCUAUGGAGAGGUGUGGGGAACUCUGGCCCAUUCCUCCUGCUACACUCACUAUGGAGAGGUGUGGGGAACUCUGGCCCAUUCCUCCUGCUACACUCACUAUGGAGAGGUGUGGGGAACUCUGGCCCAUUACUCCUGCUGUAA